UUUUUGAUCUCCUGCGUAGAACUUAUAAACUCCUAAUAAGGCUUUUUUAUCUCCUACGUAGGACUUAUAAACUCCAAUUAAGGUUUUUUUAUCUCCUACGUAGGAGAUAUACUUUUUAUAGAACAUGUUAAAUUCGCUUCCGUACGUUUAAGAGUUAACCAUAAACUUCAAAAUAUAAUUUUGCAUCAUUUACUAAAAUUUCAUUUAAAAGUGAUGUUUAUUUUCCAAGAAAAUAAUGAUUUUUAAGAAAUGAUACGACGCAGUUGAAAGAAAAUAUGAUACGACGCUGUUGUGCAGUUGUAUUUUUGGUAAUCUUUUCAAAAGGAAUUGUUUUGGCAAUAAAAGCAAUAAAAGUCUAUUUUACCAAAAAAGAAAAGAAAAAAAUGGAUUCAGCAAUAUCAACAAAACUUCAUAAAAAUUCUGGCCCGCUUUUAUGGAGGCAUGUAAAUUGUCCCUUUUCAAAACUACUUUUGACAAUGCGAACGUGUAUAUCUAGCAUUUUAGUGUAUCUGUGCAUAGCAAAUAAUAUGCCUCUUAAUCCAAUCUUUUAAUUGAAGGCACCCGUUUUCAAAUAACAAAUUUACAUGUAGAUCAUAACAACUGACCUAACAUUGAAAACAACAACAAAUUUAAAUGCUAUAUGUACCUGAGAUAUACAACUGAAAUGUAAAAUUCGUUAAGAAAACGUGUUUCCAGUUGUAGAACUACAAUAAAAAGUGGUAGGCAUGCACGUUCGCAUUUUCAAAGUAAUUUUUAAAAGGAACACUUUACAUGUCUGGAAUUUUGACAACAAACGCCCUUCAUAAGCUUUGAGCUGCAAGUUCGCUAUUACUUUUUAUAAUGCUUCUUAGAAAAUAUCCCUGCGUCUUAACAUAACGGCACCGUCGACACUUUAACUAGUUCCCUCCAAAUUAAAAAAAAUUACGUUGAAUAAGAAUUUUUGGCUUUAAUAUUCAAUAAACACUAUGAAAGGUCAUUUGAUUAUCCGUAUGCAGUGCAUUUUGUACAUGCUUAGUUUUUUUUUACUAGAAUUUAUACCAGAUAAAAUACUUCAGUCAGUGCUUAUAUUUAUACAAUACAUGUAUACGUAUAAACACUCACCGUAAGAAGGAUGUUAUAACCACGUUGGGACAUAUAAGGUCCGAAAUGACGAAUGUUUUUGUGGGAAACAGCAUGUGUCUUUGAUAUAAAUCACAAAACUUUGAUAACAUAGACCAAAUAAAAUUAUGUGUCUGAAGUGAAUGACCACAAAUAAAAGAGCAACCGCUUAAAUCUUUCUUCUUCUUUCACAAGAUGUGUUAUUAAAUAUAUGGUUUAUAUUAAACAGUACCGAUGUAUCAAUUUUAUUGGAUUGGGAUAUAAAAUUAUCAAAAUUAUCAAAAUGAGAACUUUUCUACGCUUGACAAACACAAAACAUUUUGUUCGUGCUUUUAAAACAGCCGUCAACGUGCAUGAUUUAAAGUUUCGUGAAGCGUCAAAUGAUGACAAAAGUACCAUCUUGUCACUCCGGCAUAAUGUUUACCGAGGGCUGGACUAUCUACCAGACCAGUUUGAUUAUUUUCUACAUGAUGACAACAGACGCUGCAUUGUUGGCGAGUUAGAUGGAACGCUUGUUUCGUUCGGUGUAAUUCUUUUCCUCGACGGUGGGGAAUCUAUUCUUGGACAAGCUGGUCGUGUACAUGAAACAUAUGAGGGCCAAGGACUAUUUGGUGCUAUGAAUCAGUAUUUCAACAAAAUAGCGAUUGAACAUGGAUGUAAACGUCGUGUGGCACUAGUCGAGACCUCUUUUAACAAGUACACUAGAUCGGAAAAAUUUAAACUCUCUCAUGUUGAAAUAGCUUCAAAGUUACAUUAUGUUGGUGUUGUGACUGAGGAAAUUAGACUUAAGCUAGAAGAGCCAUUAUUCCAGGAGCAUGAUCAUUCAGAGAUCAUUUAUAUAGCACCAAGAGAUAUGCAUAUUGUAUUCAAUUCUACACAAGUAAGUAAUGCACUGUUUCCAAAAAACAGAAUUUUGCUGGAUUUUGCACCGUAUAGAUGUAUGAAAGAAAAUGUCAAAUUAUUAAAUGGAAGGAAUACAAAUUUCUAUUCUACAAUCAGAUUGACCUCAAAUGGCGUCAGAGGUCUGUUAACUGCCGGAAGUAGUUUUAAAUGCAGAAAUCCACCAGAAUCGUAUACAAUUGAUAUAUUUGGAACAGACGCAUCGGAUUUAGAAAAUCACUUGCUUUUUCAUCUAUCAAAAGCGUUGAAGCAAAUUCCAGGGGUAUUUUGUUUGCAGAUAUUUACUGAGAGAGGGUAUAUAGCUCAGCAGCUUUGUAAAUCUCUAACAAAACUUGACAUACCAAAAUGUGACUGGUUUGUAAGUGGAGGUGUCACAACAAAAACAAUAGUAGAAGAAGAACUGAGAUAGACUCCGGUUGUAUAAAAUAAUUAUUGCAUUGUCGUCUUUUAAAUGCUUGUGUAAAUGAACAUUUUCAAUUCUUACAAAAUCUGUAAAGAAUCAAAGCACAGAAUGCGCUGAAUUUGUUCGGGUCUCAGAAUGUCAGAAAGGUGAAGGUUGUGAGAUAAUAAACCAAUUUGUUUUUGUAUAGUGCCAGCAAUGCUGUUUUCAGUGUUAUAACUGGGGGACAUUGGCUAUAAAUCUAAUUGCUGAUAUUCAAUUCAAUGUUUAUGCAUAAUCCGGCCAUCGUAUCCAAGGGGACGAUAAGUUUUUUAAAAAUAUUUUUUUUGUCAGAGCGAAUUCAAUGACAUCGGUAUCAUGUAAACGCUUGAAAAUAUGUUUAUUUCUUACUAUGCACGCGCAUUCUCGAUGUCAAAACUAUAGUACAUGUAUCCAUUUUAUAUUAAAUCUUAAAAAAAAACCUUCUUCAAAAAGUUUAGUACGUGUUAUAAACUUAUAUAACAUUUUAAAUGCUGUGGGCAACGUCCCCAGAGACGACGACCGGAUUAUUUAUUGUCGCGAUAUGAAAUAUUCGAUCAUUUUUUUUGCCUCGUAAAGGGAAGUUUUCCGAGAAGAAGGUUUUAUCGGGGGUCUUUUAUUUUAUAAAAUGGGGCUUGGUUUGUUUUGGGGGAAGUGUCUCAAUGACUUUUUCACAGAUUUUUUUUGUGUUUUUAUAGUAUUUCUUAUUAUUUAAAAGUGCUGUGGAUAACGUCCCCGGGGACGAUGACCGGAUUAUACAGCCGCGAUAUGAAAUAAACGAUAAUUUCUUUUGCCUUGUAAAGGGGAGUUUUCCCUCUUGGGAGGUCUUUUAGUUUAUAAAAUUGGGUUUGGUUUGGUUUGGGGAAGUAUCUUAAUGACUUUUUCAAAAAAUAUGUGUUUUUAUAGUAAUUUUCAUUACUUGAAAGUGAUGUGGGCAACGUCCUCGGGGACAAAGACCGGAUUUUAUAUACACGGCGGCGACAUACAUAUUCGAUCAUUUAUUUUAAAUAUAUUUAUCAUAGGUUACAGUAAAUCAUCUAGUUUCACCCUUUAAGGUUGUAGUAUUUAUGGUAUUCAGUUUUGCACGGAUUUUCCGUGCGUGUAAAGUAUUGAUAAUCGUUGUUAAGAUUUUUUCCUCAUUCGAAGUCUUUGCAUUGUGCAGUAAACACAUACAUUACGAUUUCAUAAAUGGCUUAAUCAGAAGAUAGAAUUAUAGAUAGUUCGUCCUUCAGUGAUAGAAAUGGAAAUACAGAUGGCUCUGUAGAUGAAUCUUCCAUUGAGCAAUUUGGUUUGAUGCGCUCUUAUUUCGACCAGCAUUUCAAGUCAUUGAAAAGAGAAUUGAGAGAAGAAUUACACUCCUCUUCGACUUCCACACUAAGGCGUUUCAAGGAUGUUUCGUCCAUAGGAACUCGAGAACGGGACCGCAGAUUGCGGCGCAUAUUUUCGAUCGUGUAACGGUUUUUAAGAACGUUUCUGCUACAUUUAAAUAAUUAUCCGAGCAUAUGGUCUCAAACAAUUGUUAUCACUUGAACCCAAUCUGUUCCUUUUAAAACUGGUCAAAUUUUACGGUAUUAUAAAAAAGACAAGGAGUGACAUCCGCCAUUUGCCGCAACGUUCAGCUUUGGCUACACUUGAUCAAUCGCAACUACUCGGCCCUUUCCGUCAGUCUUCGGAUAAGGACCUCAAACACAAUACUAUGAAUACACAGAACGGAUGCGGUAUUCCGGUCUAACCUACGCUAAGAAACUAAACAUGUAAACAAAUAGUAAUUUAAUGCUAGGAGUUGUUGACACGUUUAUUUCCAAUAUAUGUAGUAAAAGUCCACCUUAAAUAAGUAAAUUCAUAGGUACAAAAGCAAACAAUACAUUAUUUAUAUAUUUACUAAUAUGGCUGUAGAAACCGAAAGUACAAAAAAACAACCUGUUGACAUUUGGUCGGAUUUAUUUAAAAUUGAACAUCAGCUGGCAUAUUUAAAUUACAAAUUGUUGCCAGACAAAUUUCAAGCAUAAGAGUACCGGAACAGACAUUAGAUGUCAAAUAUAUACAUUCGUUUUACAUUAUCUCUGUUUCUGUUUACAUCUGUAAACCACGUGGUAGAACUACUUUCAAUCCGUAUUGUUUCCGAGGUUAAUAUUAUAGAUAAUAGCCGAGGCAGUUCCGAAUGACACUUGAUUACUAUUUUUUCAGAAUUUUGUUCCCGUUAUCGUUGUCAACUAUCAGGUAUCGUAACGGUUUAAUGUUUACACGUGUUGACAUGCACUAGUGUUUGACAUGUAUAGUCGGCAUUAUAACGGGCGUAUUCGUGAUAUGAUUUGUUUACAUGGAGAAAACAGGCACUUUAGUAAUAUGGUCUAAUAGAUUUUGCCUAACUGAAAAAAAGGAAUAUUAAAACAUGAUCCAUAGUUAAAUAUUCAAGGCACUCAUCUGGUAUUCCUUGUUAGGAAAUGUGAAAGUUCCCCAUGUAUUGAGUGACAUAAAGAGAGUACUAGAAAAAUUAAAACAAAAUCAAGCAUAUCAAGGGGGGUAACUUACGCCGAACGUUGCGGCAAAAUGUCACUCCUUUUCUUUUUUCAAUAUACCGUAAACUUGACUGAUUUUUAAAUUAGCAGAUUAUAUUAAAUUGAGAUAAGAUAAUUAAAGACCAUCCGCUCGUAUAAUAUAAAAAGAUAUUCAAAGGUCGGACAAACAAUAUGUAAAGCUGGUACGGAUUCGGAUUUAUGCGCCGCAAUAUGCGGUCCUGUUCCAGAGUUCCUAUUGUUUCGUCAUCCAAGGACUUCAAGUAUCGAAGUAACAAGAAACAGUUUGUUUUCAAUCUUGACGUUGAGGGUUUUGACGACAUAAAAGAAGCUACUAAAAGGGGCGAGCAGAAUAAAGUCCUAGAAUUAUCUGAAGCCCUGAGAAAGAAGGUAUUUCAUAGAAAUAAGCUUAUCAGAAUUGCUGAUAAAUCUGCAGGUGGCUGGGACACAGUCAAAGAGUACGAGUCAGACGACUUAGCCAGUGACAGUGACGAUGAUAAACGUCUUAAAAGGGCAGAGAGCAGGGCGCUUGCCAAACUUAAAUCUAAGCAGCCGCGGAAGCCUUCCAGCGCUACACCUAGCCCAGGGUUUGCUGAUCUUAAUGGGUCUUCUACUUCCCCUGGUGUUCCUCCUUCAAAUACCAACUUCAUGCCUAUUUCUCGUGGCUAACGACGCUUCAACAGGGUUAUCCAAUGUUUUUCAUGUGGCGGAUGGGGGAAUACCCUUUCAAUAUUCUGAACCAGGGGUCGCCUCAACUUCCGUUUCCGGAACCUUCGUUUCCCCUUGGCAAUUCGGACAACAACAACAACAACCUCAAGUCCCGCAGUUCAUGCAGCUCAAGCAAGAUCAACAGUCUCAAAGCAGUGAUGAGGAAGAUGAGUAUUCAUAUCUAGAUAUGAUUUAAAAUAAUGAUAAAGACUUUAAAAACAUUUUGUUACAAAAAAGAUAUUUUGAAUAUCAAAAUUUAUCCAGUCAAAAUAGUAUUAAUAAAUGUAGCGAUCUUUCUGAUGUUAAAGGUAGUUUGCGUGAUCAUUAUAGAUUUUGGGAAGAUACCUUAAAGGCACCUGCAUUUAUUUUGGAUGUAAUAAAGAACGGCUACAAAAUUCCGUUUUUAGAAGUUCCAAAAAGUUAUUUCAUGAAAAAUAAGUCCGCUCUUAAAAAUUCAAAAUUUGUCUCUGAAGCCGUGGCAAAAUUAGUGAGUUCCGGUUCUGUCUUGAAAGUUAGUUUUGUGCCUUAUAUUGUUAGUCCUUUGUCUGUAGCUGAAAAUAGCCAAGGUAAAAAGCGUCUUAUUUUGGAUUUAAGUGUUUUAAACAAAUAUGUUUGGAAAGAACAUUUGGAAAGUUGCAUAUGAAUAUCUUUAUAAAAAUGGAUUUAUGUUUAAAUUUGAUAUAACUUCUGAUCACCAUCACAUUAAUAUAUCCACUAUCACAUUAAUAUAUCCACUACACAUUAAUAUAUCCACUACACAUUAAUAUAUCCACUAUCACAUUAAUAUAUCCACUAUCACAUUAAUAUAUCCACUACACAUUAAUAUAUCCACUAUCACAUUAAUAUAUCCACUAUCACAUUAAUAUAUCCACUAUCACAUUAAUAUAUCCACUAUCACAUUAAUAUAUCCACUACACAUCAGUGUUUUUUAGGGUUUUCUUGGUCAGGGAACAAUGUUAAAAACUAUUACGUUUUCACUGUUUUACCAUUUGGUCUUUCACCGUCCCCCUUUUUUUUACCAAAUGUUUGAGAUAUAUUGUUAAAUACAUCCGGGAAAAUGGGGUCAGGUUAGUGUUAUUUCUAGAUGAUGGCUGGGAUGUAAAUAGAAAUUAUUUACUGACCUUUAAAGAUGCUGAAUUUGUUAAAUCAGUGCUUUUACAGGCUGGUUUUGUUUUGAAUUUUCAAAAGUCUGUUCUGGUUCCUACUCAAAAUAUUGAAUGGUUAGGUAUAGUUUGGAAUUUGCAAGAAAAUAGUAUCAGUAUCCCUAGCAGACGAUUAGUCAGUGUUGUAGAUCUCUUGCAUGCUUAUUCAGUAAAAAUACAUUUUUUGACUGGCAGAGAAAUCGCUAGAAUAACAGGGAAGAUUGUCUCAAUGAUGCCAGUUAUAGGGAAUGUUUGCAAACUGAUGACAAAAAAUCUUCACAGAGCUAUAGAAUCUAGGUCAUCUUGGGAUUCGGUUUUAAAUAUUUCAUUUUUCACUGACAGUUUUCAAGAGCUUCAUUUCUGGGGAAAUCAGUUCAAGGAAACACCUGUAAAGUACCUCUUUACUCACAAUGGGUCAGAUUCUGUUACUAUAUUUUCAGAUGCAAGUAGUAAAACAUGUGGGGCUUUUAUAAAAGGCGAAAAUGAUCAAAUCUGUCAUAAAAAUUGGUCGAUUAAUGACAAAAAGAAAGUUCUACCUGGAGAGAACUGUCUGUGUUAUUUUUUCAAUUGAAAGUUUCAUGUUAAACUAAAAGACAAGCAAGUGCUUCUUUGUACAGAUAAUCAAAAUUGUGUACGAACUGUAGAAAACUGAAGUACAAAAUCUCGUUUGCACGAGAUUUCUAUUAAAAUAUUUGAUCUAUGUUUGAAAGAAAAUAUUUCGUUGUUAACUGAAUGGGUUCCAAGGAGCCAAAACGAAAUCGCAGACUGUAUAAGCAACUUUUGUGAUGUAGAUGACUGGGGAGUUUCCGUUGAUUUUUUCUGUUUCAUGGAUGAUUUAUGGGGCACUCAUACGGUUGACAGAUUUGCCAAUCAUUACAACAAUAGAAUACUUCGAUUUAAUUCUAGGCUUUGGGUCCCUUAAACAGAGGCAGUGAAUGCCUUCUCCUGUUCUUGGGCUGGGGAAAAUAAUUUGCUUGUGCCCCCUAUAAGUAUUGUUCCACAGGUUAUAAAUUACUUGGAGAAGUGCAAAGCUAAGGGAACUUUAAUUAUUCCAAAUUGGCCUUCGGCGCCGUUUUGGCCAAUGUUGUUUGGAGACAACAGUAUUAAGAAAGCUCAUAUUCUUUAUAUUUUAAUGUUUUCAUCCGGGCAGUAUAUUUUUGUUCAAUACUUAAACAAUAACACGAUUUUUAGUCCUUGCUAUUAGGCUGGAUUGUACCAAUAAUGAUGUUUAAUAUGUUAUCGAUUUCCGCCGACCUGACGGCGUUGAUAGAAUUUUCUACCGAACUGACGGCGUAAAGUUGUUGCCGACCUGACGGCUUUAUUUAGUUUAUGCCGACUGAACUGUUUUAGUUGUUUUUUGACGACCUUAUGGUCUAUUCAUGUUUUUUUGCCGACCUGACGGCGUAGACCUUAUUUUUAAUCGCCGACCUGACGGCGUACGUAGAGCUUAUUUUUAUCGCCGACCUGACGGCGUUAAUAAAUGUUGCCGACCUGAUGGCGUUAUUAAGACAACUUCUAUAAUUUGUGUAUAUAUUUUCAUGUUUGUGUUUAUUUUACAUAUUUAAAACAUAUAUAUGUAAUGAUAUUAAUAUGAGUAUUUACUAUAUUUCAUUCUCUUCUAAUACGUUUUGCAGAUCUAACUGCACUGAAGAUUACCAGAAAUCCGGAGUUGUCUUUCCUGGCUGAUCGUGUUCCAGAUAUUGUUCUUCAAUCCAAAGCACCUAAUACCAGUAAAAAGUAAAAAGAACUUUUCAAGCAAGGAGUCGUUUGGGCAUCUAAAUUCAGAAUUUCCACUUCCGGCUCCGGAAUCUGAUGUCUGCCUUUAUUUGGUUUCGUUAAUUCAAAAAGGUAAAUCUUUCUCAAGCGUUGACGAGGCAUUUUAUGCUCAUGAAUCAGCAGGCUUUUCGAGCAAUCCGUGUACGUCGUUCUACGUUAUUUCAGCCAGGGAAGCAGCUCAUAGGAUUCUUGGUCAUUCUGUUACCAAAAAGGAACCGAUCUCUCCUGAUGUAUUAAGACAAUUAGUCUGUGCCUUUGGUUGUUUAAAUGGUUGAGAAAUUUAACUAUGUGUUUUUUGUCAUAUGCUGGUGUUUUAAGGUUUUCAGAACUUGUUAAUAUUAAGCGUUCAGAUAUAUGUUUCUAUACAGAUCAUGUUGAAGUUUUUAUUGUUCAAAGUAAAACUGAUGUUUAUAGGGAUGGCGAUCGUUGUUUGAUUGCAAAAACGGGUUGUGAUACUUGCCCAGUUAAUAUGUUGCAAAUAUACAUCAAUAGCGCAAAUAUUAGAGUUGAUUCUAAUGAAUAUAUUUUUCGUGCGCUUACUUUUUGUAAAAAAAGAUAAUUGCUACAAAUUAAGAGAGUCAAAAUCGUUAUCUUACAGUCGAGCUAGAGAGAAUUUGCUUAACAUGCUAGAGUCAAUUAGUUUAAACAAACAGCUUUUUGGGCUGCAUAGUUUAAGAUCUGGUGGUGAUGGGUUUUCCUGAUCGUUUAUUUAAGCGGCAUGGUCGAGGGAAAAGUGAUCGAGCUAAAGAUGGCUAUGUUAAAGAUGAUAUUGAUAAAAGAUUACUUGUUUCGAAAUCUUUGGGAAUUUAAUCAUUUGUCUGGCAUUUCAAUGCAAUGCUUUAUAAAUUAUUAUUUUAUGUACCGU